AUGUCAACUGCAGAUAGAGCCUCGACCCAACGUCCUAGUUCUCAUUCAGUUGAUCCACAAAUGAAAAUCAUGGCAAAGAACCCUAUCAAAUAUGCUCUGGUGGAUGCAUUCACUGAGAAACCAUUUAAAGGCAACCCAGCAGCCGUGUGUAUGUUAGAAGAUGAAGAUAAAAGAGACGACGGGUGGUUCAUAAGAGUUGCUGCAGAAUUCAAUGCCCCAAUAACAUGCUUCUUGACUCCAAUUCGUCACGACAAUGAUGCUUAUAACGAUAGUGAAUCCGACCAUUGUUUCAACAUUAGGUGGUUCACUAGUAUUGUAGAGGUUAACCUUUGUGGUCAUGGAACCUUGGCUGCUGCAGAAUAUCUGUUUACAUGUGGUUUGGUGAAAUCAGAGAAAAUCGAAUUUGUAACACCAUCCGGAAUAAACCUGACUGUAAAGAAGAUUCCUUCCUGCAGAAACGAGGACACAUUGGGUAUAUCAAAGGUUUUGAAUAAUGGCUAUAAUGGGGUAGAGUAUCCACUUGAUGCUCAUAGUGACCAAGAAGACUUCUCCAUUGAAAUGGACUUCCCUAUAAAUGCGCUACACGAAUGCGAUCCCGAGGAUAUACCUAACAUACCACUUACUCUUAGUGGGGUUUCUGUUCUCAAUGUAAAGAAAACAGUUCCUCUUGGUGAUGUACUUAUUGAGGUAUCAUCGGGACAGAGUGUUAUAGACUUGAAACCAAAUUUUAAUGAGCUACAAGAGCGGAAGGGCCGUGAAAGGGCAAUUUGCAUAACAGGGAAAGCUCCUGAAGGAUCAGGUUUCGAUUUCGUCUCUCGUGUAUUUGCUCCAACAAUAGGUGUCCUUGAGGAUCAAGCAUGUGGGAGCUGUCAUUGUGCCUUGACACCUUACUGGGGUAAAAAGCUGGGAAAAACUGAUCUACGUUCUUACAUGGCUUCUCCAAGAGGAGGUGUGUUUGAUCUCCAUUUGGAUGAAUAAAAUGAAAGGGUGAAGAUUAGAGGAAAAGCUUUUACUGUCAUGCAAGGUUCUCUAUUUUCUCAAUAAACAGUGUUGAGCAUUCAUGAUCACUUAUAAUCGAGAUGUUACAAUAUGUCACGCUUGCACGAUAUAAAGUGUUAUGAGUCUAAGUUUGUCUUUUGAUCUUGAUUUCUCGUCCAGAUAGUAUAAUAUGGUUUUACCGCAACAUAGGAUUGGUUAUGUUGUUAUCUAUGAGCUUGUAAGUUUUUGAGCUUCUUUUUGAUUCUUGAUCUUCUGGGGUCAGUUUAUUUAUUUGCUCCUUGAGCUUCUCUUUCGUUUAUUUCUGGAUCUCUGAUAAGCUCUUUUAAUAUAUUUUUACCUAUGUCGGCUA